UCACUAUCCCCAUUAGAUAUUUACUCUUUGCUUUAUUACAACAGUGGCGACUAGUUCUUGUUGUUGUUGUUGCUGUGACCAUCAAAUCAAAUGAUUAACUAGACAGAACACAGCUCCCAAGAGACUAUCAACAACAACUAGCCCUAACCCCCUUUCUCUUCUUCUCUGGAGAUUGAAUACCCCUUAUUUUUCCCCAAAUUUCUCAUGAAAAGAAGAAGAAAAUAGGGCUCAAGAGAAACCCCCUUGCAUUUCAUUUGAUGCAAACUUCUCGAUUUCUCAAACCCUUUAGGGAAUCCUUUCUACAACCACAAAAAGGUAGGAUCUUUUCAUGUUUCUCUCAUCACCACAAUAACAGUAGUACUGUCUCUGAAGAACAACAUCAACAGCAACAAUCGGAUAACAUAACUCAUGAUUUAAGGAGUUUGUUGAAUACAUAUACCAAAAGAAGUACUCAAUCCUGCAAUUCAUAUUCUUCUUUGUAUAGAGUUUCUUCUAAUGAUUUCUUAAAUUUUUCGAGAAUUAAUUCCACAUUUGGUGGUGGGGGUGUUUCUUAUAAUCAUCGUUUAUUGCUUCAGCAUGGUUUCUGUUCUAAGGUUGCUGCUGAUGUUAAAAAGACAGAAAUUGAUGAUCCAAGUCAACGAGCAGUUACUACUGCACUAUGGGCCAAUUUCCUUGUCUUUUCUCUCAAAUUUGGGGUCUGGAUGGCGACUUCCAGCCAUGUUAUGCUAGCUGAAAUGAUACAUUCAAUUGCAGAUUUUGCAAAUCAGGCCCUUCUUGCUUACGGCUUAUGGAGCUCAAAGCGAGCUCCCGAUGCUAUACAUCCUUAUGGGUACUCCAAAGAAAGAUUUGUCUGGUCCUUGAUAUCCGCAGUUGGUAUUUUUUGCCUUGGUGCUGGUGCAACAAUCGUUCAUGGAUUUCAAAACUUAUGGACAACACAGCCGCCAGGAAAUAUCAAGUAUGCAGCUCUGGUAAUUGCAGGUUCAUUCAUCAUUGAAGGUGCUUCACUUGUAGUUGCUGUCCAUGCGGUCAGGAAAGGUGCAGCAGCCGAAGGAAUGAAAAUGCGGGAUUAUGUGUGGCGUGGUCAUGAUCCAACAGCUGUUGCUGUUAUGACUGAGGAUGGUGCUGCUGUUGCUGGUCUACUUGUUGCUGCAGCGUCAUUGGUGGCUGUGAACAGAACAGGAAAUCCAAUCUACGAUCCCAUUGGAUCAAUUGUUGUUGGGAACUUACUCGGAAUGGUUGCAAUUUUUCUCAUCCAAAGGAACCGACAUGCAUUAAUUGGUAGGGCAAUCGACGAUUAUGAUAUGCAAAGAGUUCUUCAUUUUCUGAAGAAUGACCCGGUCGUAGAUGCUUUGUAUGAUUGCAAGAGUGAGGUGAUUGGACCUGGAUUCUUUAGGUUUAAAGCUGAAAUAGAUUUCAAUGGUGUGGUGGUGGUACAAAAUUAUUUGGAAAGGACUGGACGUGGAGAAUGGGCCAAACAGUUCCGAGAUGCUGGAAAAGAUCUUGAUGAUGCCACUUUACUGAGGACCAUGUCAAACUAUGGUGAGGAAGUCGUUACUGCCCUUGGAAGUGAAGUUGAUAGACUAGAAAAGGAAAUCCAGAAGCUUGUACCUGGAAUCCGGCAUGUCGACAUUGAGGCUCACAAUCCAGAAAAGGAGAUCCAGAAGAUUAUGCCUGGACUCCGGCUAAUUGAUCCAGAAAAGGAAACCAAGAUUAUGUCCGGUAUUCAGCUUGAUGAUCCACAAAAAGAAACACAAAAGAUUACACCACCUUGAGCCACAUAAUAUUCUAUACCAUGUAAUCUGUAGCUUGUAGCUUUGUGCAGUCUGUAUGUUCUGUUUUUUUGGCUCAACCGUGACUUCUAGAUCGUCAGGACUUGGCUUCAGCAACAAAAUCUAUAUAAAUUUGGAUGUCAUAUGAUACUGCAUACUGCCUAAACUCACAUGCAAAGCAUUAUAAUCCCAUUUCCAGCAUUUCCCACU